AUGAAUGGGGAAAUCAAAAUGAAACUCGUGAAUCCGGUCAAAAACGCUAAUUUUUUAUCAAAACUAUUAUUUGGAUGGACGAUUGAUUUCAUCAAGAAAGGGGCUAGAGAGGGGUUGAAUAACUCAGAUCUGUACGACACUCUAGAUUCUGACAAAUCGAGAUAUCUGGGAGAUGUGCUGGAAAAAAAUUGGGAGAAAGAAUUAAAUAGGGCAAUAACUAAAAAUAUUGAACCUAGUCUCAUGAAAGCCUUAUCAGAUACGUACUUGAUCGACUUCAUGAUAUGGGGCCUUGUGUACUUUGUACAGUUCGUAAUAGUAAGAUCUUCCCAACCUGUUGUUCUAUCCUAUCUCUUAUUACUAUUCAAUGGAGUGAAUGACCAGGAAAACAGAACAGAAAAGUAUUUGAUGAGUACCCUUCUAGUAGUACUGUCAGUAAUAGUUGUAUCUAUGUACCAUCAUCAUUGUUUUGGACUUGCAAAACUCGGAAUGAGAAUGAGGAUAGCUCUAUCAUCAUUAGUCUACAGAAAGAUGACGAAAUUGAGUCAGAAAGCUCUGACCGCAACAGCAGCAGGUCAGGUCGUCAAUUUGCUUUCCAAUGACCUCAAUCGUUUUGACCAAGUAGUCACUGUGCUCCACAUCCUUUGGAUAAUUCCAUUCCAACUGGCGUUGAUAACUUAUUUCAUAUGGAGAGAAGUACAAAUCGCUAGUUUUGUUGGUGUUAUGUUCAUGGUAAUCUGCAGUCUGCCAGGGCAAUGUUAUCUGGGAAAGAUAAUUGGCCACCUGAGAUACAGGACAGCGCUCAAAUCUGACUCACGAGUGAAACUGAUGAAUGAAGUGAUAACGGGCAUUCAAGUCAUCAAAAUGUAUGCAUGGGAAAAAUUCUUUGAAAAAGUCAUCAAUGCCGUGAGAUAUGAUGAAGUUCGUGAUCUCACCUCGAACUCCUAUAUCAGAGGAGUACUCAUCAGUUUCAAUAUCUUCUUGGACAAAGCCACUCUAUUUGUGACUAUUAUCACCUAUGUGUUAUUAGGAAAUGUUAUUACAGCAUCUAAAGUUUUCACAAUGGCCAUGUUCUACAACGUACUCAGAGUCUCGUUAUGUCUCACUUAUCCACUGGCUAUACGUUACGCAGCAGAAACAUUGAUUUCCAUUAAACGACUACGAGAAUUUCUGAUAUUGGAAGAAAAGCAAGCCACUGAGUAUAUACACGAAGAAAACCAUCAUGGCAUAUGUUUGUCGAAUGUGACUGCUUCUUGGACAGAACAUGAUGAUAUAAAGAACAUGAGCCUAGAUAUACCACAUGGUUACAUGUGUGCCAUUGUUGGUGAAGUUGGUGCAGGAAAAAGUUCAAUACUUCAGCUGCUUUUAGGUGAACUGCAAUUGAAAUCAGGUACCUUCUCCGUGGGUGGCGAUAUAUCAUAUGCAUCCCAAGAACCAUGGCUUUUCUCAUCUACAGUGCGAAAUAACAUCCUGUUCGGACAACCUUUUGAUAGAAAAUGGUACGAUCGAAUCGUUGAAAUAUGCGCCCUCAAAAGUGAUUUCAACCAGUUUCCUCAACGGGACCAAACCAUAGUUGGCGAAAGAGGAGUAUCCCUGAGUGGAGGACAAAGGGCAAGAAUUAAUCUUGCCAGAGCCAUCUACCGGAAAGCAGAUAUUUACCUCCUAGAUGAUCCAUUAUCUGCCGUUGAUACUCAUGUGAGUAGGCAUCUUUUCGAAGAGUGUAUUGAGAAGCAUUUGAGAGGAAAAACGAGGAUUCUGAUAACUCAUCAGUUGCAGUAUCUCCAAAGAGCAGAUUUGGUUGUAGUUGUACAGGAUGGACAGAUUCUGGCCCAAGGCACAUACGACGAACUUCAAAAUAGCGAUAUCGAUUUCACCGAGAUGUUUUUGGUUUCUGGAUAUGAUAGAGGAAAAGCAGAAGAAGACGAAACUAAUAUAGCAGGGCAUGCUAGAUCAUCAAAAUACGGCAGAUUUUCUAGAUCUGGAUUCUCAAGAUUAUCUCAUUUGUCAGAUAUAUCAUGUUCAGAUGUCAAUGUUACCGAUAAUGAGAUCACGAAAGAAGAAGUAGCAGUACUGAAUAAUAAAUCCGCAUUCCUGGAAUAUCUGAAAGCGGCCAACAAUAAAUGUUUAGUUGCGGCUAUGAUUGUAAUGAUGGUUGUGGCACAGGCUUUCUGUUCAGCUAAUGAUUUUUGGGUAGCGUUCUGGACUCAACAAGAACAUCUAAGACACUCAAGCGAUGAAAAAGGCCAUAUUGAGUUCGUAACAUUGUCGAACAACACAACAGAAUACUACACGAGUACUGUCUCACCAUCUGAAUUAAACGAUUUAGUCAGAGUAGGCAACAGUAUACAUUACUUACUGAAGACUAAAUAUUUCAUUUAUUUCUAUACAACACUCGUCGCAGCAGCUGUGGUUACCACUUUGGUGAGAUCAUUUGGAUUCUUCAAAGUCUGCAUGCUGUCAUCCAUCAACCUACAUUCGAGUAUGUUCCAUGCACUUCUCAAAGCACCGAUGUAUUUUUUCGAAACUGCUCCUAGUGGAAGGAUUCUAAAUAGAUUCUCGAAGGACUUGGGCGCUAUCGAUGAAAUGUUGCCAGAAGCUAUGAUGACUGCAGCAUCGGUUCUACUUAUCAUGUUGGGAGUCAUUGUCAACGUAGCUAUAUCCAACCAAUACACAUUGAUUGGACUAGUCAUAUUAGGGAUGAUUAUUUCGAAAAUCAUGUCAUUGUAUUUAUCAGUUGGCAAGUACAUCAAACAUCUAGAAGGUUCAACCAAGUCACCUGUUCUUUCUCAUGUUAAUACAACAUUGAAGGGUAUCACUACUAUAAGAGCUUCGAGAGCAACUGCUGAAUAUACUCGUCAGUUUGACGAACUUCAGGAUUACCAUACUUCAGCAUGGUACUUGACCAUAACAUUCACAUCUACAUUUGGCCUUUGGAUGGAUCUCGCGGGUAUUAUUUUUAUCGCCAUCACCACUUUUAGUUCUGUUUUCCUCCAAUCUGUGAACGUUAUGGAAACAAGUUUGGUGGGACUAGCGAUAAGUCAAUCGCUCAUCAUAUUGGGAAUGUGCCAGCAUGGUGUGCGUUUUACUGCAGAGGUUAUCUACCAACUUACCAGCGUCGAGAGGGUAAUAGAAUACACCACUCUGGAGCCAGAGGAAACAUUCGAAAUAUCAGAAAAAACUAUAGUAUCACAUUCAUGGCCGAAUGAAGGACGCAUUGAAAUCAAGAAUUUAUAUUUGAAAUAUUCUGAAAAUGAUCCGCCUGUCCUCAAGAACCUCAACUUUACUAUUCAACCAGGUCAAAAGAUAGGCAUCGUAGGCAUCGUUUCGGUUAGCUCAAACAAAAGGCACCAUCCUCAUCGACGGAGUAGAUACUAG